AUGGUGAUAGAACAGGGCGAUGGCGGGAUUCCGGGGCAGAAGACGACAGCGUCGGCAGGAGUCGAGUUCUGGGAGGGAGUUCGGCGACGACGAGUUCUGUUGGAGGACAGCGGCGACGCGAAGGCUGGGAGCGGGAGGGAGGCGAUGCGACGAAGGCUGGGAGCGAGAGGAGUGAGGACGGCGCUGCGACGGCCGACGGCCGACGAGCUCGACGGGGACGAGGCGACUGGCGGCGACCGGCGAGGGUAG